AUGGAAAAUAACAAGCUUCUGGUUCAGGACGGUUAUAACAAGAUUGCAAAAACCUACCUCGACUGGAUCCAUGGAAGAUCAACAGUCCGUCUCGACUACGCAGAGAGGCUGCUUUCUGAACUGCCACACCCUUCCGAAGCGAAUGUCCUUGAGCUCGGCUGCGGUGCAGGAGUGCCCUGUACCCGCUUACUGGCCCAACGAUGCGGUCGAGUCUUUGCCAAUGACAUCUCUCAGUCGCAAAUUGACCUGGCCAAGACGAAUGUGCGAGAAGAGAAUGUGGAUUUCAUCCUGGGAGACAUGACAAGCCUCAAGUUCGAUCGUUCAGCGAUACAGGCUGUUGUGGCCUUCUAUUCCAUCAUCCACCUCCCGCGAGACGAGCAGCGCACCCUUCUCCGACAGAUUUGGGAGUGGACUUCCCCUGCGGGCUACCUGCUAUGCAACUUGGGAGUUUCAGAUAACCCUGGGUCGACAGCGGAUUGGUUGGGAUCGCGGAUGUACUGGAGCAGCUUCGAUGUCGAGACCAACCUUGAGAUGAUCAAGGACGCCGGCUUCACCGUCAUCCAAAGUGAAGUGCUACACGAUGACGAGGAUGGCAGGCUGGUUCCUUUUCUGUGGGUUCUGGCAGAAAAGAGAUGA